AUGAUGACUCUACAUUGUUACUUCCUGUUCUCCCUUCUUCUGAGCCUACUGAGGGGAUACAAGCUGAUGCAUGCACAGGGAAGUGCGCAGAUGGUCCCCCAACGGUGUGCACCCAGGAAUGUUGCACUUCACGCGACACCCGAUAAGGAAAGAAACUACUACCACUGUGGGAAGAACCGCGUAGCACUCGUUACAGGCGCGGGGAGAGGAAUUGGAAGGAGCAUCGCCAAAACACUGGCCCGUUCGGUGUCCACCGUGUUGUGCAUCAGUCGAACCCAGAAAUCCUGUGAUAAUAUCGUGGACGAACUCAAAUCGAUGGGUUGCCAGUCUUCAGGGUAUGCCGUGGACUUAGCAGACAAGCAUCAAGUAACAGAGUUGAUUAACAGAGUGUUGGAAGAAAACAAAACCAUAGAUAUUCUUGUGAACAACGCAGGAAUUACCAGGGAUAAUAUAUCUCUUCGUAUGAGUAGCGAAGAGUGGGAAGAUGUCCUAAAGACGAAUUUAGAUUCUCUGUUCUAUGUAACACAACCAAUUGUUAAACGGAUGGUUAGCAAUCGUUAUGGUCGUAUUAUUAACAUGUCUAGCAUAGUUGGUCUUACAGGAAACCCAGGCCAACUUAACUACGCGUCUUCCAAGGCUGGGGUCAUUGGGUUCACAAAAAGUUUAUCCAGAGAACUGGCUUCAAGGAAUAUAACAGUAAAUGCGGUUGCCCCCGGUUUUAUUGCUAGUGACAUGACUGAUAAAAUCAACGACCAGAUAAAGAAGGAGAUCAUUGCGCAUAUCCCCACUGGGCGGAUGGGGACACCGGAAGAGGUAGCUAAUUUAGUAGCUUUUCUUGCCUCCGAUAUUGCCGCAUAUAUUAACGGAAAUGUGUUCGUAAUUGAUGGUGGCAUGUCCAUGUAA